AGAAGGAUGGUGCUUGUGGGAAGGACUGGAGCAGGUAAAAGCUCUUCUGGAAACACCAUCCUGGGACGAAAAGCCUUUAGAGUCACCAAAAGUGGUUCAUCUGUAACUAAAGAGUGCUGGAAAGAGACUGGAGAAGUGGCUGACCAUCUGCUGGAGCUGGUUGAUUGUCCAGGGAUCUUUGAUAUGUCACCAUCAGAGAAUGAACUCAAAAAGGAGAUGAGUCAGUGUAUAAACAUGACGGCACCUGGACCUCACGCUAUUGUCCUGGUCAUUCAGCUCGGUCUGUUCACUGAAGAAGAAGAACGUUCAGUGGAGAAGAUCAGAGCAAUAUUCGGAGAAACAGCAGAUAAACACACAAUCAUCCUCUUCACUCACGGUGAUGAACUGACUGAAGGCUUCGAACAAACACUAAGUGAAGCACAUCCUGAUUUAAAACUUCUCUUAAAAUCAUGUGGCGGACGGUAUCAUGUGUUCGACAACACAAAAAUUGAUGAUCGCAAACAGGUUUUGGAGUUCCUGGAGAAGGUUGAUGACAUGUUGCACAUGAAUGGAGAUCAGUAUUACACCAGUGACAUGUUUAAGCAUGUGGAAGAAAUGCUGAAGAAGAAAGAGGAAGAGCUGAGAAGAAAAUACAGUCAAACGCUAGAGAAAUUAACAGCCACGUUUAAUGAAGAAAAGACCAAACUGGAGGAGAACAUUAGACAACUGAAGGAAUCCGGGCAGGAAAAAGACCAGAAGAUUAAAGAGUUGGAGGAGUUAGUGAAAAAGAAGGACAAACAUUGUAACGAGUUUAAGCGUUUUUAUGAGCAGAAAUGCAAGAAUGUGAGACAAGAGGUGGAAGAGACACACGUGAAAGAAAACCUCCCAAAGAUCAGCAGAAAACUACAAAAGCUUUACAUUUGA